AUGUCGCAAAGAAUGUCUCAACCUUUGUAUACGGACAAUCCUUCAAGCAAAUACGCACCUGGAGAAAAGGAUGACAGGCAAACCCAAUUGAUCUCUUGCUGGCUCACUUUGUCACAAAACCAUUCCCAAGAAAUUAUUUCUUCCAAAUCUUUAGACUCGCAGGAAGAGCUUAUUGCAUGCUUGGAACGGUUUAAGGACUUGAUUAAAGAUAAUCUAGCAGAGGAAGAACUCAUAGAUGAUCCCGCCGAGGUUGUUCUUGACAGGCUUGCUGUCUCACUUGACUGGACGCUAGUCACGGCCAUGUUUUUCAUGAUAACAGGCAUGUUGUAUUUGCGAUUAUCCGCUUUCGCAGCGUUUGGGAAUGCAACCACGCAUCAACUGCUUUUGCAAAUGACCCAAAUCACGAAUGAUACCGCGACGAAUAACGUACUCCUCGCGCUGUUGGAGCAAACGUCGCCUGAAUCGCCCCCUUACACGCUCUCCCGCGAGCUCGUACAGACCAGCGUUCUAUCAAGUUGUCUCUUCGCAACCCUCAUGAUCCUGGGGAAAUUCUUCAUGGGCCGUAAUGGGAUCAACCUGAACAUGCCAUAUCGUCGCAGGUCUCGUAGCCUCCUCGAGUCUCGGAGGCAUUCUUUACUUGGGUCGUCGCCAGACACAUCGAGGCGGCUCAUCCUGAUUCUCAGUCCAUUGCCAAAUACCUUCCUAUACACCCAACUUCUGCUUGGCAUAGCAUUCGUCGUUUCGCAUUAUCUUGCUGUGUAA